CCUCUACUACGCAGUAUUUUCAUGUACUCCGCUGUCUUUGUCCUCACUGAGUGCUUGUGUUUUUACUUUACCCUUGCAGGCAGUCUGAACGGCUAGAGUUUUUCUUUUUCCUUUCUGAUGCCACCAAAAAGAAAUUGUGGAACAACAAGUCCAUCAGAACCACAAGUGAAGAUGAUAAAGAUCGGUGGGGAUCCAGAUGUGCAGGAUUUUCACUCUGGAUCAGCGGACAGAUUCAGGAUGGCAGAAGAGUCCAGCUCCUCUCCUCCUCUUCCCAACACUGAGCAGGAAAUCAUUGACUUUGAUGAAGACAAUUUUUCCGCUUCAGGCGUCAGAACAGACACCAUCAGCCUUCUGAUGAAAAUAGACCAACUUCAGGCACAACUCAAAUAUGAACGCAGAUGUAGGAUUUUGGCAGAGAGAGAACUGAGGGAGCUCAGAGAGAUGAACACCCUGAUGCUGCAGAUGAGGCACACGGCUCAUGAGCUGCGAGUCACUCUGGACCACGUCCUCCACGGAGGUCAGGCAGAGGUCGCGUCGCAAAACCCAGACGAGGUUGUGACUUUCCUGCCUGAGCCUGAAAUGCAGAUGACAGCAGAUGAUAAUGUCUCGGAGGAGGAUGGCCAGAAUUUUGUUUAUCUGGGGGAGAGCCUUCGGGUGCCCAAAAAUCUCUACCAUCGCAUUGCAGAAAUAGGUGACUACAAGAAGUACAUUUCAGCGCUGCUGAUGACACUGUUCGACAGACACACUCUGGCCACGCACUGCCUCCAGAGCCGCAAGAGCUCGGUAGGGGAGGAGAGCCACAAGCCCGCUCUCCCACCUGAGAUUUUGAAAGGCCUCAUGGAUCACGUUGCAGCGAAGUUUGGGGUCGACAGCAACCUAAUAAAAACUGCAAUCCGCACAAAGUUGAACAACGAGGACAAGCUGAUGAAGAAGAGACUGGGCUUGAAUAGAAGCGACAGCAGAGUUGCCSUCAAUACACCCAUUAGUUACAAUGUUUCACUUCUGCCUAAACAAGAACCGAUGACAAAUGACUCUGAGUUCUAGCUGCUCCGUUUUUACUCCCCUGAGUUUUAUUUGAAAUAGCGUUACGGAACAGGAGCUCUGUAGAGUUUUUCUUCAGCAAAUGAAUUGCCUAGAGUUCGCUAUUUUCCAAUACUUUGAAGAUUUAAUUUUAUUUUUUAAACUUUGAUAUCCUUUUGUUCACUGGAUGUUUGAAAACCUGUUGGUUGAUAACAUGGUUGUCUAUUUACAGUAACGAGUUGUAGCUCAUUUAACCUUUUGACGAACAUCUUAAUCGAGUACUUUGUGUGAGUAGGACCAUACAAACUGUUAAUGUUGGUGAGAAACUGUGAAUUAGUUCUUUAGAAUAAAACAGAUUCUUCUUUCCUUCAAACGGUCAUUUUAUUACGUCGUUGAUUAAAAUGUAGAAACUAUAAAACUCUGGAACUGAUGUGUUUUUGAAUAUCAGUGAAAAUGCAGCGGGUGCUAGUCGGCUUUGUCUUCCCAGCUGCCAACAGAUGUCAGUGCUGAGCCCUUUUCAUGCUCCUGCUUCAUCUGAACACAUCAUAAACUUGCAAAUAAAAUAAAGCACAAGAGCUAAA